AUGCUUCCCUGUGCCCUCGAAGUCGAAGAACGCUGGCUGCGCCAAGAAAUCGGCCAGCUGCAGCAAUUGCUCCGAACCGACAACCUGACUUGCUCCAAACGCCACUGCGAGUUCAACAAGGUCAUCCAGAGCCGGCUACGUGCUUUUGACCACGACGAGUCUCUCCACGCGGCAUUACUUCAAGGCCCGCCCCUAAAAUGGGCAAACAGCGCCGGUCUCUACAGUAUCAACCCCCGCAAGGCGAUUCUCGCCGCCACACGCGUCGUCUUCAAAGACGCUGUCCGCGGCGGCGGCAUCGAUCACAGCUUCUCCAUGCACGGCAUUGUGUCGCUGGACCAGCUGGAGAAGCACCGCCUCGUUCUAGUCAGCACCGUCAGGCGUGAAAUGGCGGCGGCCAUGAUGGACAUGGCGCAGCUGUCACUUCUCCACGAGCUACACAAUGCCGCCACUCUUCAUUAUGGCCUGUUUCACAUGGGCUUUCGUGCAGCUAUCUUAAUCCAUGGCCUCGAUCCCAGACUACAAACGCCAGAGGAACAAAUUAUGGCAAAGCUCAACGCUCUUUUUCCACCCAUUGCCGCCGCAAAACUAGACUCGGCAGCACCACUGGCUCCCUACUCUGACGGCUUGCGUGAAAGCAUUCGUUUUUCUGUCUACGAACAUUUAAUGCGAGGCAACGCCACCGACAUGACCGAAUGGCGGGCGUUGCAGACCCGGCUCUACUCCUGGUGCAAUAUGCCCGGCUACGCUGAAGCCAGGGGUGCUCUCCUCCGCUACACGGAAGAAUUUAAAAAGAUCGAAGUGCUCUGCCUUUCCACCCUUCACUCGCUUGAGAGCCGGAGACGCAGCCUCUACGUCCCCGAGUCCCCCGCCGACACCUCGUUCCUGACGAGCUCGUCACGAUCCAGCGCCGCCCCAUCCCCAUGCUCUUCCUUUAUCGGCAGCGACAAGUCCGCCGACUUUGAGCCGGGCCUCCAAGACUCCCGCCAUUCUUUCGCAUCGGGCCCGUCGCUGUCCUCGGCGAGCCGGCACGCCGCGCAGAACGCGCCGCUGCUCCGCGGCAUGCCUGGGCGCGAAAUCUCGGCCGCCAAGACGGACGGCGCGGCAUUUGCAGGCGACCUCGACGCACCGCCCAUUCUCACGUAUCCGCACGACCUAUCGCGGCACGAGUUUGACCAGCACCCGCUCGCCCGACACCUGGAAAUGUCGCCCCGCGAAAAGAUGCAGCUUGGCCUCAUCAUCCCUCGGCAGCUCUCGAAAGACGACGUUGAGGAAGAGCCCGUCGAAAUACCAAAGCUCGUCAAGGACAAGGGCAAAAGACGCCGGUUCGGCCGAAAGGGCUCCGACACGCAAGUACCGCCCGUACCGCCUCUGCCUUCCAUCCCCGAAGCCCUGUAUUCCAACCACACGCCAGGCAACUUUGGCAGAUUCGUCAGGCGGAUGCGAUCAAAGUCGGGUUUGGCAACGCGAGACGCUUCGAGUCUCGAUACUGCAGCGCCAUCAGCGUCCGCCGCGGCAGAGCUGUCCAAGACUCCCCGAAAGCUCAAGAAGCCCUUGCGACGGAGCGCACGAUCCGUCAUCUCCAGCCCGGAGCUGCAGCCGAGCCACGACGCCCCGCCGUUGUUUGACUUGGCCAGCAGCGAUCUGACGUAUCUCGUCCCGUCCCAGAGCGCACCCGCCAGCAGACGACAGAGCAUCGUCAGCCCCUGCGAGACUCCCCACCCUAGGUCAGAGGACGUUGAAGACGGCCCCGUGCUGUGGAGAGUUGCGCCACCGCGACUGUCACCCAUGGAGUUUGCGAGGAUCCGUCUCAUACAAGCCGCUCUGGAAAGGCGCGACAAUGACUUGAUAUCGUCUGGCUUGACGAAGCUGUGGUUUUGGACUCCGCGGUGGGAAACCUUCCUCGUGCUCCCGUGCAAGCAAACCUCUUCAACCAUCACUCCUGCUCAGCCCGAUAUGCAUGAGAAGACAUCGGUUCCUAACUUGGGGAUGAGUUCAGAACUGGAUUCUAUGCCCGUACCCGAUGGACUGGUGCAAGCUGGGCCUGAUCGAAGGAGCUUCUUGUCCUGCCCACGGCUGUCACUGAAUCUCGGCAACAUUGCCCUUCAGCUCCCAUCCAUGCUGAACCUGAUGACCUUGGAUGGUAUCCAUCCCUUAAGAUCAUUGUCCAGCUCUACAAGGUCAGGAUCACCACCAGAAGCGGAGGAUACUGGAUGUGCGGCAAGACGGUUCAGCGUUUACGCGGAGCGGACGGAGCCUGUGUCCAUCUCGAACACUUUCACACUCGAUUCGCAAACGCAAAGGACAGAUCAAGGGUUCUUUCCGUUGCCUGCUGGCAACGGAAUCAAUCGAUUCAGCCGCCAAGAUGUUAGCACCCACACGACACGACAGAUUGCCACCCAACACCCUUUCCAAGACACUGCAAUCUACAAUCGAUCAGCAACUCCCGAAGCUGGACCGUGGGGUUUGCGCGGCCAUACGUCUGCAGCAGGGUCGUGCAACGGUCGCGACGGCUCCAACGUCACCGUUCCGACAAGAACCGGUCUCACCCGGCCCCCCAGAAGCAUGGCAGUCGCAACACGGCUGCACCAGCACCUCGACUACCAGCACCAGCACGUGGUCGGGGGCGAGAUUGUGACCCCCGUCGCGGCCCGCAAGGUCGGAAAGCUUGUUGCGGGCGCCUCCGUCGUGAGCAUGCACGCCGCCCACUCCGAGGACUUUGCGCGGCCCGACGUCGCCGACGAGGAGCGCGCGCUGCGGCCGCCGCCUCUGCACGUCGUGCGGCAACGACCCCAUGCCGCUGGUGGCCGUGGACUGCGCGAGCGGGACACGACGCGGCGGAACCUCUUCCGCAGCAGCAACGACGACAAUGACAAUGACCUGCGCGGCUUGCUGCGGCAUCUUGGUGACGCGCGCGAGACGCGGCCCGCACCGUGGUCGCCUCUGCGGUAUCCCGGCGGCGGCGGCGGCAGCAGCAGCAGCGAUAGCCAGCCGGUGACGCCGGAGACGCGCCGCCAGAGCUCGGUGUUGAGCCACUUGUCGAUUACCCCGACGGCGCUGCGUCUAGGGCUGGCAAUGCGUGGCCGCGACGAGGAGAGCGAGGAGGAGCAUUCAGGGCUUAGUCCCCGGCAGCGCAAGGUCGCGGCGACGCACCAGCCGGUGCCAGACUCGCCUACGCUGCCGGUUGUUGGGCCGCAGGUCAAAAUGAGACGGUCUUCGCGGCGGGCAUCGCACGGCUCGUUGUGA